AGCAACGAAAGUGCAUUAGCGCAUUCUUUCGCAAUUAUUAUCACGGGUUUAGAAUUGUUGAGAGUUUUCAAAUACGUUUUCUUCCGUUAAUUUGUUGAAUUGGAGUUUAAGAAAGUUUUCAGAAUUUUUCUUUCAGUGACAGAUGGUGUUUACGAGGCUGUGGGGGUUUUAUUUGUUGAAUUUUGGGGGGUGAUUCUUGGAUUUUGCUCGUGGGAUUGUUGUUCAUGUCGGAUUUUUGGAGAUUAGGAGGAUGGAUUUGAAGAAAGGUGAGAGGGAAGAUUAAGAAAGUAAAUUCAAUCGAGAGGAAAAUCGGUGAAGGAUGCCUCUAGAGAACCAGAAGAGAUUCAAGCACAGAAAUGGAAGAGACUUGUGGAAUCGUUAUGGAUAUUUCGUUCUCAUGCUGCUGUGCAUGCUGCUGGCGUCGAUCCAGCCUAAUAUUGGGAGUGCCAAUGAAUUCGUAAAUGGGCACAUUGUGGUGUGGUACGUAGCAGUGCCCCUGACGUACCUGGAGGCCGGGCUCAUCUGCAGCCCCAGGUCUCUCUACCUCGCAGCGAGGGAUGGAUACCUCCUCUGCUUCGUUCUGGCCUUUAUAUACAUCCUAAUGCCACUAUUGGCUCGGGUGGGAAGUUGCCUUCUGGUGUUGGCUAAUGUCAACACCUGGUUAUUGAAGGGAAUGGAGGUUUUCUACUGCAUGCCUCCUCCCCUGAGUGUCAGCCCCGUCCUGACGAGACUCGCUGAUGGAGACAUGUCCACCAGUGUCGUCACAACGCUUGUUUCUCAUUUCGUUGGAAUUAUAGUCUCUCCACUUCUCCUGUACUUGAUGUUGGGAGCCUCCACGUCUCUUCUAGUCGGAGUCAACAUCCGGGAGAUCGCCUGCAGUACUCUAGUGCCUUUCGGAGUGGGAUUAACGUUUCAGAUGGCUUUCAACAAUCUUCACGAGAAAUUACGAACUAGUUGGUUUCCCCAGGUUUUUCUACUCGUCAGUGCUUACCACUGGUUUUCCGAGGCUGUCACUGCGGAUUCUUCAGCCCUACAGGCGGUUGAUAUUCUUCUCUCUGUGUUAAUUGCUAUCCUCGGACAAAUACUGAUAACAGGAAUGUGCUGGACCCUGUGCUCCAGGUGGCUCUCGAAGAGCGCUCUCGUCGCCUCGUUAUUCACGAUAAUGCACAAAUCGGUGGGUCUUGGGGGAUGGAUUCUCAGAGGGGCUUAUCACGGCUCUGCUCACGGAGCUGCAGUAAAUCUCCCACUCGCCAUUCUCCCAGUGGCGCAGCUCCUCUUCGGGAGUCUCCUCGCCUGCUGGAUGGCUCCCUGACGACGGCUGAAUGCUCCCGGCUAUCCAGACCCUCGACGAACAGCUGAUCCAUGCGAUGGAGAUUGCAAUGGGAGUGAUUGUGCUGAAGUCGAGGAGGGCGAUGAAUCAUUGGGAACUUGAAACCGUUUUUUCACUUGUCUUUGGCAAAAUAAUAGAGACGAUCAUGAAAUUGUAAUGAUAAAUUGUGAAGAAAGAGUGA